AUGAUUAAUCAAGCUACUAGGAUGUGCGAGAGAGCACAGCGAUCAAAGACACAUCCAGGGUACUCGUCGUUCUUCGUCAGCGACCUCCUAGGCCAUCUCUACAGCAUCAAGGGAUCUUUGGAAUGCGUUGCAAAUUUCCCAGGCCAUGGGUUGAAGUGGAAGCAGAAAUGUCGAGCAAUCCACGCGCAGAUUAUGAGACCAGAUCACUCUGAAGACAAGCGCUGGCUUGAUGUUGCUGACAUGAAUAUCGUGGUAUCGCUCAUGGCUGAAGAUCGAUUUGAAGAAGCUCUAACACUGAGCGACUACUUGCUUGAGCAGAAGGAGUCUCUAGCACAUCGCGGGACUCAGUUGGCUAACAAGUGCAUUUGCUUGAUCUUACACCGUCGCUACGAUGAAGGGCACUUAUACUGUACUCAAGCCAUGGAAGUAACAAAACAUUCGAGUGGGCCCGAGAGCGCAGAGGCGGCGAUACUACAUUACUACCGUGGACUCUUGCAUUACCAGCAGCAUAAUCUGGAAGAUGCUCUCUCAGUACUGGCCGAAUGCCUUCGAGUCCGCCAUGCCCUGAUGCCCGACCAUCACUUUACCGGCUACGUGGCAUACAAGUUGGGAGUCGUCACCAGAGAACUAGGCGACCUAGAGUCGUCGAUCUGCUUCACGCGGGAGUCAUUUCGGAUUGCCAAUACCUGUUUGUUUCCAGACCCUGGCCAACGCUGUCGAGCCGCUUUUGCAUUGGUGCGGCUACUCAACGAGGCCGGCGAAUACGAUUGGGCGAACAGCAUGAGAAACGAGGCAUUGGAGUUGCGCGAGAAGUUGUUCGAAACAACGUCGAUGAGGCCCGGCGAGGAUCCGAACGACUACGACCAGUUCAUUUCCUUCUCACAUCGCUGA